AUGCCCGAGCAAUUGACUUACUACGGCAACAAGACCGCGAUAGCUCUGCAGGAAGCCAACGCCAAGUAUCAGUACUUCGAAAUUGAUUUCACCAACAAACCAGAUUGGUUUGUCAAGGUCAACCCUGCGGGAAAGGUGCCCGCGAUGACCUACGGAGGUCCUGCCGUAAAUCCCGAUCAGCCCUCGCCCGAAUCUACAAAACUCUCCGAAUCAGCUGUCCUCCUCGAGUUCAUCGCAGAUCUCCACCCUUCUUCGGGCCUCCUUCCCUCUGACCUCGUACAACGCGCCAAGGCCCGCUUCUUCACCACUGUCGUCGAUACCGUCGUCGCGCCCGCCAUGAUCGCGUGGGUGACUCAGUGCGCACCGGCGAGCACGAUCGUGGAUGCGUUCAAGAAGCUGCAGGAGCUGCUCCCUGAGAACGGCAGGUUCGCGGUCGGCGACGCGUUCACGAUCGCGGAUGCGGGAUUCGCGCCGCUGUAUGUGAGGGUGCUACUUUCAGCGGAGGGAGGCGUGCAUAAGGGCGGGAAGGAACAUGCGAGUGGGGUGCUGGAUGCGCUUAGCUCGCCCGAGCUGGCCAAGUUCAAGGCAUAUGGAGACAGGUUGGUUGCGCGGCCGAGCGUGGAUACGACAUGGGAUAAGGAAGCAUCCGCUGCUUACUUGUCAAAGUUGGUUCUAGGAAAUUGAAGUUUCGUACUUCACCUAUGUAAUAUGCGAGUAGUUUACCAUGGGACGCCUGGAUACUAUUGGUAUCAAUCAGCAUGCUAUUAUUACGGAAGUAACAAAACAAUCUAACAGCAAUCACACAUAAUUU